UCGGUGGCUUUAACUUUUUUUGGAUGUGAUACUCGUGACACUCUUCACAGAGACGCCAUUCCAUCAUGUCACCAGCCAGCCAAUACGUCGCUUUAUCGCACGUCCUUCUCCACUUCUUCACAUGUUUGGUGAGUGUAAAGAGUACAGUGCAUGGCACUGAAGGAGAAAAUGUAACCCUUCCGUGCCGCUAUGAGGCAAGAUAUCAUGGCCGCACCAGUAUUUGCUGGGGAACAGGGGACCUUCCCAGUAGAGGCUGCAACAAUGAAAUUAUUGCUACAGAUGGAGACAGAGUAACGUCCAGGAAAUCCAGCAGAUACCAACUCUUUGGCGAUUUAUCAACUGGAAAUGUUUCUCUGACCAUAGUUAAUUCAAUACUAUCUGAUACUGGGAAGUAUUCCUGCCGUAUACACAUUCCUGGAUGGUUCAAUGACGAAAAGUACACUCGCAAUCUUGUUGUCAGCAAAGCACCUACGCCAUCAUCUCAUAGUUCCACAACAUCUGGACCUCCAGUGACAGAAUCUAACACAACAGCCCAUCACCAGAACAUCUCCACAACCAGAUUCACUUACACACCGCAGUACAGCGAAGUUGAAGGGCCACAGGUUUCUCAUGACCUGAAAUUGCUAUUGGCUGCUGUCAUACUGUCCCUUGUAGUGGUGGCUGUCAUUGUGCUGACUAUAUUCCUCAUCAGAAAGCGGUGGAAGAAAAGUCAAUCUUUUCAGAGCAGAAUCCAGUCCUCUGACAACGCGGUAAUCUACAGCAACACAGGAGGCAGCAGUUUAGGACUUUUCUCCAGGGAGAUGGCAGUGGAGAACAUCUAUCACAUAGAUGACAGCAGCGACGUCUAUGAGGAAUUCAACCCGGCAUAGGACACCAUUUGCACUUUAGCAUGUGUCCAGCAGCAGUUCCACCCAUUUGGGGGCGCUAGGUGAAAUAUUGACAUGAAUUAAUGAAUUAUUGAAUUAUUUUUGAUGAAAUUUACCAUGGUGGCGUUCACUGUUGUGGGCCCUCAAAGAUGAUAGAUUUGGUGGGGCCCAAGGUCACUGCCUUGUUACUGUCAGACCAGUAAAUAAUACUGUAAGAACACCUAAAUUCAUGCAACGGCAUCAGGAAAUGUAAUAAAUAUGUGUUUACAAUGGCAUAAAUGAGCUCAUUUUGUUUUGCAAUACUUUUCCUUUCAACCUGCUGCGGCCCCCCUGGCACCACACUCAUAGCCCACCAGGGGUCCCCGGCCCCCACUUACCAUAAAAACUGUAACUAUAGAUCAUUCUGUAACAUAAAGUGAAUUGCAUUUUAACUCUUCAUUCUUCAAUGUAGAUAAUGUCUAGAUAAAAUACAUUUGGAUUUACGCUAUUUACAUACGUCUUUACAUGUUUAGUAUAUAGGUAUAUUUACAGCAAUUUAGUAUCUAAGGAUUUUGCUCUCAUGCGACAUGCUUUCAAUUGUCAUGCUAUUUUUGCUUGAAUACUUAAAUGGAUGGCAUUUGAGGAAUUAAGAACAUUUUGUUUCACUUCCGCUUUAACAGUAUUCUGAAAAAGAAUGUAUUAAAAGUUCAGCAUCCUACGCAAUGUUAUUUUCCA